GAUGUACAAUCACAAAGUACCAUGUAAAAAUUGUGUUUUAUUUUUCAAACCAGAGAUUGAAUAACCAUAGUAUAUUAAAUCUUCUAUAUUUCCUAUGUUGCCAGACAUUCAACACAGCCCUUGUAAAUGCCUUUUAUGACUGUAUACAUAAUGUAUACAGACGUUUUAAAGUUGAACUCAUUAUUAACUUCUGUUUUCUAAGAGUUUGUUCUCAUUUUUCACCCAUAAAACUGCCAAUUUCUUUUACAGACAUGUAAAACUGGUAUCAUAAGUAAUACAAGUUUUCAUUUUAGUGUGCCUAUUUGCCAAAGUUGUUGUACAGUGACUCACUUCAGGCCUAACCCUGUCACAAGAUUUAGGGAAAUUUACAUGCACUCUCUCGGUGUGAUGGCUGAAGUGUUGACCUCAGUGUUUGCACUGCUGGUCUUGGUUUGUUAAGUUAACAUGUAUUGUUGUCUAAAUGUAAACUGUACUAAAAACAAAGUGAAUCAGUUCUACCACAUGUACAUAGAUGCUUCUACUAAGAAAAUAAGUAGUUUUGUUAACAUACCAAAGUUUAUUUGUAUGCAUGCCUUUCAAAAACUUUAGGAGAGUGGUGUAAAAGAAGAAUUAUGUUUGCACAGAUAGAUUUUGUAAAUAUCUGGUUUUCUCUCAUUUUUGUAAAGCUUUAAAUCAUACUAUAAAGGAGCAAUGUGGUAAAGACAAAACUGUGUUGGAGUAGCAAAAAUAAAGACUUGCAUGCUUGUAAGGCAUUGAGCUUCACUGUUUUAUUUUCUGCUUUGUGGCUUCGUGUUGAAUUGAAGUCUGUAUGUGUGUGUAUGAAAAUGAAAGCGGAUAUGGCACUACAAAACGCAGCAGUUCUCUAGUUCUCACUUCCACUUCAGCUUUCUCUUCGUCGCAACACAAGUGAGUCCAACAGAUAGUGAAUAUAUAGAAGAACUCUGCAUUCUAAAUCUCUACGUUAACAGGCUGAUCCUCUCCACAACAACAAUGAACGGCUCAGAGGACGAGAUACGAUUCUUUGGCAGUGACUCCUACCAAGAGAACAUUAUAUUUUCUACAUUUUACAUCCUGAUAUUCAUCAUUGCUGUGCCGGGGAAUGUCUUGGCACUGUGGGCCUUCUUUCACCAGGACAGCACAACUCCAUCUAAGGUCUUCCUGAGGCACCUUGCUGUAGCAGACAUCUCUUACAUCCUCAUUUUACCCAUGCGGACAGUUUACCACCUGUCUAACAGCCAUUGGCCAUUUGGACAUGUCGCCUGUCAACUGUCAGGCUUCCUCUUUUACCUUAACAUGUACUGCAGCUUGUACUUAAUGAGUUUCAUCAGUCUGGACAGAUUUCUGGCUAUUGUUCUACCUAUAAAAUCACAGUCAGUUAGGAAGGCUUUGUAUGCAAAGAUAGUUACUGGCAUACUUUGGGUGACUGUUAUUGUGUCUAUGAGUCCUAUACUUUUCUCCAAAAAGAAUGAGACCAAUAAUUCAACUUUUACCUGCAACAAGCUGUACUUAGAAAAGACAUCUCGCACUGCUUUAGUUUCCACUAUUGUGGCAUUUGUUAUUCCCCUCACCACCAUAGUGGUUUCAUACAUACUGAUUCUGCUGAAACUAAGGACAGUCAAGCAACAGGAUGAACGGCCACUAAAGGACAAAGCUAUAAAAAUGAUCAUCCUUAUUAUGAUGAACUUCCUGUUUGCAUUUGUGCCAUACCAUGUGAGCAGGGUGAUCUACAUUGAAAGCCACAGUCGUGGCCAAAUGAGUGCAGCAAGCCGCAAGUCACUGGGAAGAGCCAAUCGUAUCACAUCUGCACUGACCUGUGUUAGUUCUGUGCUGGAUCCUGUGAUGUAUUUCUUCUUGAACCGUGCAUACAGGAAAAAACUGUUUCAGCUUUUCUGUAAAAACGGGGAGCAUGCUCAAUAAGCAACAAAUAUUAAGUCAACAAUAAAUAUUUU